UAUUGCGUGUUCUCAACUAUUACUGGAUUCUGUAUGAUGAAUGCAUUACACUCCGUUUUGAAUUCAAGCGAUUAUUUGAAGAAAUCGACCGAAAGAAUGAAAAAAAAGCGUUAUUGUAUGACAAAGAUUUCAAUAAUAUGUAGUGUUUUGUAAUUAAGCAGUGUUAAAAAAAAAUAAGUUUUUAUUUUGAUAAAAGUUUAAAAUUACUACUGAGUGAAAGAAGUGUAUCGAUGUGGUUAAAGUUAUGUGUUAAUUAUGAACAUUCAUUCAUUUGACUAAUCUAUCGUCAAUUUCAAUAACGAAAAAAUUCAAGACAUAAUCAAGGUUAUAGUAAUGGAGAAAAACGAAGUUAUCUGUAUUUCUUCUGAUGAUGAUGAAAAGAUCAACGAUAAACAAAAGUCUCUGUCUAGUGAUGAAAAAGUUAAUGAAUUUAAUUCUGUAAAUACAAGUAGAGAGUUAUUGUAUAACAAUGAAAAAAAAGAUAUAGCUAAGCAAAAACGCAAAAUAUCAGAAGUCGAUGAUACAUCGAACGUAAAGAAUAAUAGUAUAGAUAAAAAAAUGAAGACAAAAUUAAGUCAAGAAGUGAAUGGUCAGUUAGUAGAGGAUAGUGACAAACAAAAUGAUAUUAAAUCACAAAUAUGUACAUCUACACCUGUAAAUAGUGGUAUUGUUAAACCUAAGUUGAUUAUUAAAGAAAAGAAAAAUAUAUCCAUUUUAGAACCAGAUAUAUUUCCUAUGUUUAUUAGUUUAUGUUUACAAAAGAAACGAGAACCGGCAAUGGAAAUUAUCGUUAAUAAACUUAAAAGACGAUACGAGUUAAUGAAUCCUAUAUAUGCAAAAUCGGAAGUUUUCCAGAAUUUUUUGAACAGAAAACGUAAUGCUAUAUUGUCUUCUGAUAAUAUGAUAUAUCAUCAUAUUAUGGAUGUUAAGACUGAAAUGAAAGCUAGAGCUAAAGGAGCUUUAAAAACUGUUCAAAGUAAAACAAAUAAAAGUAAUGUUUCUAGUGAUAUGUCAAGUUCAAAAGCAUCUUCAUCUCCAAGUAUUUUUAAUAAUACAGAAAUGAUGGAUAUAGAUGAAGAAGAUUACGAAGAUAAUACUAUGGAUCCUCAUAUAGAGAAAAGACUUAAGAAAAUAGUGAAAGUAAUGAAUAUAUGUGAAAAAAGAAUAAAAAUGUUAGAAGAGGCUGAAGUAGAUUUUGAUGAUGAAGAUAACAGUAAUUACAUUAAGCUUGAAAAAUAUAAGGAAAGAAUGGUGAACCUUUACAAUGAAUAUUGUCGUAUAACAGGUGAUAAUGCAGAUGCAGGUCGUCCAUAUUUGAGACCCAAGCAUUUAAAUCCAACUCAAAUUGUUAUCGUGGAUCAAGCAAUCACGAAUUUCAUAAAUGCAAAGAUCACUAAAAGAAACAAACUAAAAAGAAAUGGCAGAUUUACAGACGAUUUAAUAUUUCCAGAUUACACAGACAUUUUGAAAUGUGUUUCAGAUUGUAAUGAGAAAAAUAAUUUAGGAUUAGAUAAAAAAAAACAAUCUCAGAUCGCUAAAAAGGCAUUUACAAAUUUGGGAGAACAUUUACAACGUGCUAGACGCAACGAUUACUGGGAUACGUUUUCCCUAUGUUUGGAAAAUAAACAAGAAGAUCCAGCCUUAAUAGAUCAAGAUCUUGCACAAAAAUUACGUACAAAUCGAGAGAUCGGAGAACAGAAGUUAACUCAAGUAUUUCAAGACUAUGUGAGAAAACAAGAAGAAAUGAAUAAUUCCUCAUUAAAAAAUAAGACAAAUAUAGAAAAUGAUGACAAUGAAGAUCACAAUAUAGAGUCUAAAGAUGAGGAUGAACAUAGUGAAGAGGAUAAUGAAGAUUAUGAAGAUGACAGUGACAUUGUAGAAGGCGAAGAUGAAAAUGAUAUUGUAGAAAGUGAAGAUGAAAAUCAUAUUAUAGAAAGUGAAGAUAAAGAUGACAAAGAUAAAGAUGACAAAGAUAAAGGUGACAAAGAUAAAGAUGAUACAGAUAAAGGUGACAAAGAUAAAGGUGACAAAGAUAAAGAUGAUACAGAUAAAGGUGACAAAGAUAAAGGUGACAAAGAUGAAGUAGUUAUCGAUAGCAGUGAACAAAAUAUAAAGAAGAACGAACAUCAUAUCUUGGAAAAUGAGAUAAGUUUAGAAAAUGAUUUAACAAAUACAUGCGAGGAUAAAGAUAGCAAGGAUGUAUUAAUAACAAAUAUAAAAGAAGUAAGAUGUGAUAUAAAACACUUAAAGCUUGACUCUGCGCUUUUUGAAAAGACGAAUGAAUCAGGUUCAGCGAUACAAUCAGAUGUAUCGGUUAUUCAAGAAUCAUCGACAUUAAAUAACAAUGAUACUAAAGAUGAAUCAGAUGAAAUUAUGCUUUUGGAUAAUGACUGCGAUGAAACAACAGGAGGUAAUAAACCUUUACUACGAGUACGUUCAUUUGCAAAACAUCCUACAACUUGGGAAGACAACAAGCAAAAAUUUCAAAACGCGGGAAAUGGAGCAACAAAAGAAGUGAUUGAUCUCACAAAUGAUGUAGCUAUAACAAAAGUAGAGGUACCUAAUUUUAAAAUUCAGGCAGCAAUACUUCCUUCAAAGAAUAAAUAUAAAACUGUGCUGAUACCUGCAAAUUUGGCAAAUAAAAGUAUUAUCAAUGUUAAGAAUAUUACAAAUAAUUACUUAAAAGUAAAUCCAAGAGAUAUUAGUUCAAAUAAAUCGUCAAAUGUGAAAUCUUUAUCUGUGGUACAACAAGUAGUUGAUGUAAGUUCCGUUAAUACUAUUAUACAUUUACCACAUUCUUCUGAUCAACAAAAUACAAAUAAUAAUGAAAAUAAUAACGAAACAAAACAGAAUAAGACUAUCGUACACCUUCUUGUACCAGCAGAACAAGUACAUAACAACAAUUCAUUAGGAAUGUCUAUUAUAGAAAGUUCAAUAAAUAAGCCAAAAUGACUGCGAACGAAACUAAUGAACGAAAAUAUAUAUAUUUCGAUCAUUAUAACGACAUGUGUGUACAUUAACAUUAAGUAUUUUAUAUGUAUAUUUAAACAUUAAAAUAAUUAUAUUUAUAUGUAGAAAUCAAGAAUUCAUAUAAUGAAUAAUACAUAAAAAAUUAAUUACAAUUAAAUUAAUUUAAUUGUUAAAUGAUUAUAAAGAUAGUAUUAAAAUACAUAUGUAUGUUUUUUUUUUUUUUUUAAUUAUUUACUUUAAAUAUUCGUAUUUCUAUACAUUCAUAUAUUUCAAUAUUAAUCGCGUUAAAACAAAUUCAGCAUCUAAUAAAUUUUCUACGAUAUCAAAAUGAUCAAUGUUGUCGCGUAAUAAAAUAUACUCUACGUUAUCCACAAAAGACAUAAUUUUCUGAAAAACAAAAAAACAUUAUUUUAAACUUGAUAAAUUUACUACUUAUCUCAUUAUAUAUGAAUUCUAUUAAUUUUUGUGUAUUGAAAGGCUUACUUGAGCAUAUUCUCGCGUUUCGUUAAUGAAUACAGGAGAAUCACACUCUCCUACAGUCGCGAUUACUUUUAAAUUUUUUAUAGGGUUAUUUCCUUUAGUAUCGAGAAUAGAAAAACUUAAUUCUCUGAUAUCAUCUCUGAAAAAUCGUUAAAAGAUAUAAUGUGAAGAUAUAAAAAACGAAAAAUGAUACGAUACUUACUCCGAGAGUUUCAAAGCCUCAUUGUACGAGGUAUUGGUAAGAGGUCCUAAAUUAUAAAUUCCACCAGCGAGUAACAAACCUUUUAUUAAUGGAAAAUAUCCUCGCUCUGUCAUACAUUCGAUCCAUUUUGUAUCGUGUAACAAUGCAGCUGCCAAAUGUGCGCCGGCACUAUGACCACAGAUCCAAACGCAUCUAUAGUAUAUUAAUGUUUAAUAAUAUCGCGCGAUGUGAAUUCAUGUUUCAUGUAUGAAAUUUUCAUAAGAAUUAACGUAAUAAGUAAUUGUAAUAUUAUAAAUAUUCAUACCGACAUCCAGAAUCUACGGCAGAACUUAAAAUUGUCUCAAUCGCAACUUUUAUUUGGCAGAUUAUAUCUUGUAUUUUAACUGAGAAAAAAUGAGUUAAUUUUUGCAUUCUUGUUUUUAUUAAGUACGAUCUAUGUUAUUAUUAUAAUAUAUAAUACAGAUUUAAAAAUAGAUUUUACCAUUAGGACACAGAUCGUAACCGAUCGAUAUAACUUUAAUUUUAUUGGCGACGAGAACUGGCACUGCAAAUCCUGCGAAAUCUUUGCUUAAUUCUUGCCAGUAACCACCGUGAAUAAAUAUAAAUAUCGGUGCAUCUAAAAAGAAGAAAGACACAAGAAAAUUUCUAUAUAAGAAAGUUUUUAUAGUUACGUAUUGGUACCAUUAGGCAAAUCGAUUCCAUAAAUAUCAUAUUUCGAGCGCUCUGUUGGACCAUAUGGUAUGUCUAAUAGACACUUCGUAGCGUUUCGUGCCUUUUUCGUUACUGUAAUAUAAUUAAAAAGAAUUUGUUUUUUUAAUUAGAAUUUAAAUAUAUAAAUACACAUAGUCGUACCGUUCACUGCAAAAAUAAGGAAUCGAGACAUUAACUCUUCCGAUCUAUAUCUUUUACUCCAUUCACUUGGUGUGUACAGUUUCUCUUCCUAAUAGGAAACAAAUAAAUCUUGUUAAAAUGUAUCCAAAUAUUGAGAAAAUAUAUGAUCCAAUUAUUCGAA